AUGCAGGUGGGAGUGAGCACGCCAACUGGGCACAAGUUGAGCCCCAACCCUGACUACCAUUACAUAGUCACUGUCUACACAGGCUUUCGCAUGGAUGCCGGCACCACUGCACAGGUUUCGCUCACGGUGUUUGGUCUCCAAAAUGAGAGCGAGCCAUUGACCCUACGUGAUGACAGACGGCUGCUUUUUGGAGGAGGCAGCGUGGAUUCUUUCCUCGUGUCCUCUGUGGAGUGGCUCGGACCGCUCACACACAUCCACGUCUGGCACGACAAUGCCGGCUCCAGCCCUGGAUGGUACCUGAAUAAGGUGGUGAUUCAACAUGUGCGCUCAGGAAGGGUGGACUACUUCAUCUGCAACAGGUGGCUUGCUCUGGAUGAAGAUGACGGCAGAAUCGACCGCAUGGUCUUUGUAGCCUCCCCAGAGGAGAUGGCAAAACUGUCCAACCUGAUCAGUGAAAGGGCCACAAAGGACUUUCACGACGGCCACUUAUUCUACUCAUUGGUUGGCCGCCCGGCCCGCAGCCCCUUCACGCGUGCCCAGCGCCUGGCGUGCUGCAUGUCCACCGUUUACUCCGCCAUGCUCGCCAACAUCAUGUUCUUUGGGCAGGGAGACAAAUUCGACCCCCCAGAGCCCAUCCGGAUCAUGGGAGUUGAAAUAGAGCCUCCAAUCUCCCUACCAGAGAUCAUGAUCGCCAUAGAGAGUGCGCUCAUCGUCUUCCCCAUCAAUGCCCUGAUUGUACUGCUCUACAGGAACGCUGCUCCUAAACCAAGCAGCGAACCAGCUAGAAAACUUGCUGACACAAAAGAUGCCAAGCCCCAGGACACUGGAAAGGGAAGAGGAUGCCGUCUGCCUUGGUGGACAGCAACAGUUGCCGGAAUGCUGGCAUUUGCCGUCAGCUUUGUUGCAGCGUUCUUCACGGUCCUGUACACCCUGAGUUUUGGACGUGACAAGGCGGAGGCGUGGUUUACCGCCUUUCUUGCAUCAUUUGUAACAGACAUGAUCCUGAUCCAGCCAGUCAAGGUGCUGGUUGCAGCUGUCGUCCUUGGGCUACUCAUCAGGAAACCAACAACAGAGGACGACCCGCCUCAUACAGAACCUACAGGUGAUGAAGAAUCUGUCCUGGAACAGAAAGACAUGCUUCCUGCUGCUGAAGUGUCUGCCAGAGGCCCCCUCACUGGGGAAGACCUUGCCAGAGAUAGAGCUCAUCGCAUCAGGAGGAAGAUGUGGCGUCGAACGCUCCAGGAGAUCGUGAUUUACGGCACGUUCCUGUCCGUCCUGAUGGUGAUGUCCUACACCGAGAGGAGCAGCUUGGCCUUCCACAUGGACAACUCUGUCAGGAGAGCUCUGCAAGGUGGUGACUCAUUCUCAAAGAUAUCAGAUCCUGCGUCCUACUGGACGUGGCUGGAGCAGGACGUCCUGCCUGCUGUCCACUGUCCAGCCUGGUACAACGGGAGGUCAUGUGAGGACAGCCUGACUCUACCCGAGCACCUCACCCACGCCAUCUCCCCCUUACAACUACGACAAGUCCGCACCAGCCAAGAGCAAGACUGCACCAUUCCUGAUGCCAUGACUCACGUCGUGGCCAGUUGUCUGGAUGAGUACUCCACAGGUGACAUGGACACAGGCAGCUACAGCGGCAGCUGGGGAGUGGCAACUAACAACACUGAUCAUGACAACAGCACUGCCCCGUCCCCAUGGGACUACACAUAUGGGGAUAUCAAUAAUGGUUUCUUGUAUGUUGAGGAGCAUGGCAUGUACUCCGGAGGGGGUUACACAGCAGCCCUCAGCAAGACACUCAACGCCAGCCUUCAGACCCUCGCACAUCUUCGCUCUGACAACUGGCUGGACAACCGGACCCGAGCCGUCUUCAUGGAGACAGUUCUGUACAACCCACACGCCAACCUCAUUGCUGUGGUAACCAUGACAACAGAGUUCAGCACCACCGGGCACGUCUCCAUGGCAACCGAGCUGGUGAUCUUCAGGAUCCACCACGAUGGGCAGGUCCUGCUGCUGGUUCUACGGAUGGUCCUGAUGAUCCUCCUGCUCUUCAGCCUGGUCAGGGAAGUCCUGAGGUUCAACGCAUACAUGAUUGCCUACCUGACAGACCCCUGGAGCUGGCUGGAGAUACUCACCAUCACCACAGGCAUGGCCACCAUGGGGCUGUACUUCCGCGCCCAGGGCACGACAGACGAGGUCUCCGGACAGGAGGGCCGAGCCGCGUUCCAACUGUACCGAACCGCCGCCAUGUGGUACCAGGUGUACACGUACCUGCUGGGCACGCUCACCUGCUGCACCCUGGUGAAGUUCAUCCGCCUUCUCAAGUUCAACAAGCACGUCAACGCGCUGCUGUACACCAUGAAGAAGACGGCAAGGCCUCUCAUCAGCUUCUUCGUCAUGUCAGGCAUCGUCUUCACGGCAUUCGCACUAGCAGCUAACCUCAUCUUCGGCAUCACAGUACCGGGGUACAGCAGCAUGCUGGGCACGUACAUGAGCCUGUUCAACAUGAUGCUGGGAUCGUUUCCGUUUGCCGUUUUAAAAGAGAGCUCGCCAAUCUGGGGCCCUGCAAUUUUCCUGUCCUUCCAGUGCACCAUACAGUUCAUCCUCCUGUCCAUGUUCAUGACCAUCAUCAUGGAUGUGUACAUGGCAGUGAAGGGCAACGACCCCGAGGAUGUAGGAAUGAUGGGGUUCCUGUUGGAGGAGGUGCGUGGGGUCGCACACAAGAUCAAGGUCACCGCAAACAGGUCUGAAACACAGCCGCCAGCAGCUAGGGAACGCAGCCGCCAUCAGUUCACUCAGCUGGACCAGAUGCACGAGCUGUUAGAGGAGCUGGAAAGAAAGGAGAAAAGUAGAGAAAAGGAACUUAAAGAAGAGAAACGUAGAGAGGAGAGAAAUAGAGAAGAGAGGAACAGAAUGGUCCGGUACUCUGAGAGCCCUAACUUGUGGUUUGUGUGAAAUAAAUCAUUGGUCCAGAAACCUCUUAGCAUUUAAGUCACAAAUUCUUCAUGUUUCAGCUGACAAUGCUUUGGAGAUGAACAAAACAAUUGCGCAAAAGUAUCAUAACCACAUAUGACAAAUGUGUCAGGAAACUAAAGAUGACAGAUAACAAGGCUUAUAUAACAAAUAUACUGAUAUGACAAAUGUAUCAUAACCAGAUAUUACAAAUGUAUCAUAACCAGUUCUGACAAAUGUAUCAUAACCAGAUAUGACAAAUGUAUCAUAACCAGUUCUGACAAAUGUAUUAUAACCAGUUCUGACAAAUGUAUCACUACCAGAUAUGACAAAUGUAUCAUAACCAGACUGAUAUGGCAAAUAUACUGGUAUGACAAAUGUAUUAUAACCAGAUACAUGUAUGACAAAUCUAUCAUAACCAGAUUUGAGAAAUGUAUCAUAACCAGAUAUGACAAAUGUAUCAUAACCAGAUUUGACAAAUGUAUCAUAA